CACGAUGACGUAACCUCGAAAUUUCUCACUCAUUGGUCUGGGAGCGUCUCUCUCUACUCUCGCUCUGUGUCUGAGCUUCUUCUUCAUCCGAGUCUCUCCAGUUGCUGCGUAGAUAUGGCGUCGUCUGAUAAGCCGGAAGUUGUGGAGAGAGGUCACAAAGAGGAGGAGAAGGACGAAGGGAAUGGCGGAUUCAUCGACAAGGUGAAAGAUUUCAUCCAUGACAUUGGUGAGAAAAUCGAGGAAGCGAUCGGGUUUGGGAAACCAACUGCGGAUGUUACCGCGAUUCACCUCCCUAAGAUCAAUCUCGAGAGGGCAGACGUAGUUGUAGAUGUGCUCGUGAAGAAUCCGAACCCGAUCCCAAUCCCUCUAAUCGACAUAAACUACCUGAUCGAGAGCGACGGGAGGAAACUGGUGUCGGGUUUGAUCCCGGAUGCUGGAACCAUCAAGGCUCACGGGGAAGAAACCGUGACAAUACCCGUGACUUUGAUCUAUGAUGACAUCAAGAGCACUUACGACGACAUUAAGCCCGGGAUGAUCAUACCUUACAGGAUCAAGGUCGAUCUGAUAGUGGACGUUCCCGUGUUUGGAAGACUGACCUUGCCCUUGGAGAAGAAGGGAGAGAUCCCUAUCCCUCACAAACCCGAUGUUGAUCUCGAGAAGAUCAAGUUCGAGAAAUUCUCGUUCGAAGAAACAGUAGGGGUUCUCCACCUGAAACUGGAAAACAUGAAUGACUUCGACUUGGGGAUCAAUGACUUGGACUGUGAGGUGUGGUUAUCAGACGUGAGCAUCGGAGGGGCAGAAGUGUCGGAAUCGACCAAGAUCGAGAAGAACGGGUUCGGAUACAUAGACGUGCCGAUAACGUUCAGACCGAAGGACUUUGGAUCAGCACUGUGGGACAUGAUACGAGGUAGAGGGACAGGGUACACUGUGAAAGGCAAUGUCGAUGUGGACACGCCGUUCGGAGCGAUGAAGCUUCCCAUUGUCAAGGAAGGUGGUACGACCCGUCUGAAGAAGACCGAUGAUGAUGAUGACGACGAUGAGGAGUAGACGAAGAGAAUGGUGGAGUGGCCGAUGUGGGAUAAUGGGCGAGUGAGGUUAUACUAAUAAUAAUAAAUGGGAUAUGUGCUAUUGUGUAAUCUCCAAUACUUUCUUCCGUACGAUGAUGAUCUUUCGGUUCCAAACAGGCCCAAGUCAGCAUGCCUAAAUUAAUAAAACAUCCUUCUUAGAGUUGACUUUCAACUCUUUCCAAACUA